CAACAACAUGUAGGGAUAGAAGGCAAGCACCGCGAGCGCCGUCUAAUGAAAUGCGGAUUACAUUUCAUCUGAUCUGAGCGCUCUGGACCUAAGGAGUUCGUGAAAACUCGAGCGUAUUCGGAAGAAUAUAGAUCAAAUAUUAUUCCUUCUGUCAUCUCUAAAGUUAAGGAGCGAAUACAAGGAUAGUGUUGUUUGAGUGAAUUUUACUAAGCGAAACCAGUCGGGAGGUUCGAAUUUGAGGUUCCUCAUCAGCAGACAAGAUGCAUCGUUGUACAACAGCAGCGUUGCUUUUGUUAAUUAUUGCUUUAUAUUCCCUCCAAGCAGAAGGUAGCUAUCUAAUCAUAUUUAAGCAAUGCAAAACUUAUCAGAAAAAACAUAUGUUUUCAGCAUUUGACAUGUUAAGCUGAUGGUAAUGAGUUUUUUAAAAACACAAUUGGUUGGUUGGGCAGCCAAAUUGCACCUGUAAUGUUUUACCAUUGCCAUUAAUUUACCAUCUCCAAAUCUGCUUGCUCACUUUUGGCAACAGUAGGCUAUUGUUGUUUAUAACGGUUGAGUUAUUACUGUGUUGUACUUCUUGGUUAGUUUUGUAAAAUUGUCGCUUUGUUCGUUUGUUGUGUUCACCACUCAGCCACAGGCUGUAGCCAGGCUACUUUGUAUCAAUUUUAUUCGUCAGAGUUGUACAUUUUAUCCAAAUGCAUGGUGGUUAGGUGGUGUUGGGCUUUCCCUUACAAAAAAAGAUUACAGUUUUGAAACUGCAGUAAAAGUGCAGUAACUGCAGUCGACUGUUGUAUUUUGGACGCAGUAAUUGCAGAACAACUGCAGUGUACGCAUUUGAACUGCAGUUAUACUGCAAAAUUACUCCAGUAAAGAAACGGUCAUAUUUUGGAUGCAGUUUUUGCAGCAUACUGCAGUUAUACUACAGUGUACUGCAGUUAUACUGCACUCUGACUGCAAUCUUUUUUCGUAAGGGGUUAUCUGAUUAGUCUUGGUCGGUUCUCGUGGUUGAUUAUGAGAAUUGUAAUGCCCGGCAUUGAGGAAUUGGAGAUGAUUGAUGAGGGCGCCUUGAAGAUGUGGGUCACACGUUCCAUAGUGAGGACGAGCCUUACCUGACCAUGCAUGCGCGGGAAACAGUUCCAGUGGCGGUGUGAAUCAGCGAGCCUUGAUUUACAGCGGCGAUAAUAAUGACGUGUUCUGUUUUACAACGCAGUUACUGAGCCCUCUUUUAUCGUUCUUGUUCUCUUUCUUGUAUUCCAUACAGGUUUAGUGAGAACUAGGCAUAUGCUGCACCUGACAAUCUGUGUGAAGUCAGGAAAUCAUACCAGAGAUCUAGUCUACAGAUGGCUGAAAACGUUCAGACCAAAGUGUUUAUUUGAAAGCUUUUAUUAUAAAACAUCUGUUUUAUUUCUUCACAGCCUACAAGUGCAGGUGCACAAGAAAAGGGCCAAAGAUUCGCUACAAGGAUGUGCAAAAACUGGAGAUUAAACCCAAACAUCCUUUCUGCCAAGAGAAGAUGAUAUUGUGAGUCAUUCUUUGAAUCAUUUAUCUCUCGCUCUCUUUCUGCAUUGCCAUUGUCAAUCCCAUUUUCUGUUUGUUUCAGAGAUGUUAGUCACUCAUUGUGUGCUAUUCUGUUUGUUUACCAAAUGCAGUAACUUGUCUAAAUAGUCAUUCUAAUGUUCUAAUCUGCUACUGUAAGCAGCUGAUUGACCUAUAAAUAUAUUGCUAGGGAAUGGAAUCUGAUAACUCCUCCGAUCCAGACAUUCUUGAGGAAAUGAUUCUCUUUGUCCAAAUGCACCACCCAGUUGCCUAUUAUUCCCUAUCAUUUGAUCCAUUACUUUAAAAGCAUUGCUUGCUCAACUGGACUACAGCACAGACAGCUACUGUUGUCGGUUUGAGUGCCCUUGGCAUCCAAUAGGGACUUUCCCUCUCCAGAUAAGAGCGACUGUUUACCUCUUUUUGCGGGUUCCAAAUAGACGUGUAUUACCCUAUACUACUGCAUGCAUCAGACCCCAUUGUAAAAUAGACACUGAUCUCACAUUUGAGUAAUUUUCGGUGGAAGCAGACCUUACCUUUGUAAACCAUCACAUACUCUUUCGCCAUCUGCUGUUCACUUGAGGUAUCGCACAUAAAAUAAUACCAUUAAAACAAAUGUUGUUCUGUCCUGCUGUUAUGGAGUACAGUACAUUGCUCUCCAUAUGAUCUUAAGACUUUCGAGUCCGUCCAACAAAGAGUUGUUGGCCCUUGGACUAUUAAACUGCUAUUUACCGUUUUAUUUACUGCUGGGUCUUCUGUCCUGGGGCCAAUGUGAGAAACGUAAUACUCAGGCAGUUUAAUGCCAACCAGUUAAAGCAGGCCUACUUGCAUAAGAUGGUGGCCACUGACCUCUGACCUCAGUGUAAAUUGAGACUCAGAGGGUUCUGGAAAGAGUACGCCUUCUCUCCUUUGUUGGCUGGCAUUGGGUCACGUCUCAGAAUUUAACAUUCUGGGGGGCCACCCCAACUGUCACAGCAGUGUCUCCAACUCCAACUUAGGAGUUAACCAAAUUAACCAAGACCUCAAGUGAAUCAUUAAUUAAGAAGCAGACACACUAAUAAGAGAUUGAUUUGAGAAGCCCCUGCAGAGCUUUGGGCACAACACACAGGACGUCAUGACUGGCCCAAAUAUGUCAUAAAGACAGACUAGUCUCUCUAACUGCUGCUCUGAAUGUCAAUGGGUUCAUCUAGCCAGGCUCAGAGAUCAUGUAUAAGGUCUACCCACCUAGUGCUGUUUCUAAAGCCUGUUCAUAGAUCCCCUCCAUGAGUUUUUACAUUUUAGGUGUCAGAGAUAGAAUGUAUUAAAGUUAUUGCAGUAUUCUUACCACAUUGCUUGGGUUGUUAUAAUUACUUUGCAGCUAACAUUAACCAACAUCGCUUAUGAUUCUAAUGCAGUAAGGUGGAUUAGCUAUUUUCUCUUACACUCUCCCUCGCUUCUUUUGUUUGUCAGUGUCACCAUGGAGAACGUGUCGCGUUUCAAGGGGCAGGAGUACUGUCUGCACCCCAAACUGCAGAGCACCAAAAACCUGGUCAAGUGGUUCCGGAUCUGGAAGGAUAAGCAUAGGUGAGAGGUCAUCCCACUCCAUGAACUUAAGUUGUAAAGUACCGCUGUUGCAUACAGAUAUAUGAUCUUAUUUUAAUCACCCUGUUGCAGGAGAACUUUACUGCAAUGCAGGAAAUGUAAAACUUGUAGUGUAUUUGAGGUUUAACAAGGCUUCUGAAGUUUUCCACUUUGACAUUUCAGACUUGAUUUUCCCUUAUGCAAAAUGUAUCAACCCCUACAAAAAUGUCAUUAAUUAUAAUCUACAUAAUACAAUUCACAUUUCCUGUUGCUGCAGGAUUAUUUUCCUUCUGCAGCAAACUGGCUCAAAUGAAGAUCCUACAUCUGUACUGCAGUUGAAAUACAUUUAGCAAACACUUAUGUUAAAUACUGUUUUAUAGAAACAGAUCUGGCACCUAUUGCUCAUAAUACGAACUAUAAUGUAUUAUAGUGCUAUUGAAAGUUUGGUUAUAGGAAUCUAUAUAGCUAUGUAAUUAUGUAUGAUAUUUGUCUGUAUUUAACACUUUUUUUCUUGUCUCCUUUGCAGGGUGUAUGAAGCUUAAACCAUGGAUUAUGUGCACAAAGGGUACAAGUGAAAAAACACCAUUAAGACAGUUUUUGUGAAGAACAAGACAUAAUCUCCCAGCAAUCAGUACUUGGUCUUGGAGGGAGAUUUAUCAAGCAGAGAUUUCUAGUUUGCUGGUGCCGUUUAAGUUGGCCAUCAGGCUAAUUAUUGUUACUCACUUAAGUAAUUUCAACUGUAAUAAUGGUCAUAUUUCUCCAAUGACAAUGUUCAAGGCUGUUUACGAGGGAAAGAUGAUAUUGGAGGAAAUGCUGUUAAAAAGGUCCUUGAUGAAUCUGGCCCAAGGUGUUUUUCUUUCGAAUAGGAGAUGUUUUGUUUGCCCUUGAACCAUUUGUUUGUUCUGGUGACUACAGUAUGUGGAUGUCUUGGAAGAUAAACGGGUCAAAGGGUUCUUGUUAUUGUACCAACUGGGAGUUAUCCUGCUGUAUCUUGCUGUCCACUCCAGAAGUGUCAAACAUAGCACACUGUAUACGUGUCUAGGGAAUGUGAUGAAGGGAAUUAUUUAAAAACAACUAUGUAUAUCAUUCAUUUUGUACAUUUGAGUCCAUUCAAAGAGAAUAGUGUACAAGAGAAAGAAACACAUUCAGAUGACUAGGUCAAUGUAUAGUCAUUUUAGAUGUCCUUGGUGCCAUGCUAUUUCCAUUAUGCAAUCAAUCUGUUGUAGUUUAUUAUGAGGGAUAUAUAAAGUCACCUGUUAAGUUAUAUCUUGUAAGACAUAUAUUUUCUGUACCUGGUAGGAACUAUUGUAAACAGCUAUUGUAUAAUAAAUUGUCCAUUUGCCGUAUUUUGUAUCAUUUUCCUGAUGUCUUCAGUGUUCUUAUGCUGUAUUCUACAAAGACUGGAGUUCAUCAACAUGUUCCAUUGUAGAAGAAACUCUUCAUCAUUACCUAUGGAAAAGUAAUCUUAUCAAGAUAUAUCUCAUUGUACAUCAUAAGAAUCAAUACAUUGAAUAAUGAAAUUGUUACUUAAUAAGUGGUUGAUUAUAAAGCAUUUUCAUAUUAUCCAAUACCUUUCUGAAUGAUAACCUUCAAGGUGGUGUGAUUAUUUUGUAAGCUAUUGAAACAGUUGAAGUCGGAAGUUUACAUACACCUUAGCCAAAUACAUUUAAACUCAGUUUUUCACAAUUCCUGACAUUUAAUCGUAAUAAAAAUUCCCUGUCUUAGGUCAGUUAGGAACACCACUUUAUUUUAAGAAUGUGAAAUAUCAGAAUAAUAGUAGAGAGAAUGAUUUAUUUAAGCUUUUAUUUCUUUCAUCACAUUCCCAGUGGGUCAGAAGUUUACAUA